AUGACUGCACUAAAUAUUACAGACGCUGAUAUUGGGGAGAAGCUGAGGGGGAAAUCAGCCAUCGUGACUGGAGGUUCCUUUGGCAUUGGUCUAGGAAUCGUUCAAUAUCUAACCAAAUGUGGCGUCAGAGUAUUAAACGGAGACAUAAAAGACCCGAGUGAGGAGGUUAAAGGAGUAGUGUUCCAGAAAACCGAUGCAGCAAGCUGGGAGGAUCAACUCGCCUUGUUCAAAAAGGGGGUCGAACUAUUCGGUCGUAUCGAUAUAGUUGUUCCUAAUGCUGGCUUCAGAAAUCGUGGUGACUAUUUAGACUAUAAAGAUUCCAUUGGGAAUCUUCUCAAGCCAGAAUUUGCCUGCUUGAAAGUUGCUUUGAUUGGGCAGAUGUACACGGUUAAACUGGACAUGCAUAAUAUGAGGAAUCAGUAUCCUCAGGGAAGUGUUAUUGUCUCCACUGUCAAAGCAUUCCUAAAUCACACGCCGACCUGGAACGUUCGGAUCAACUUAAUCGCUCCUCAUGUCACAGACACGGCUUUGCUUCGGUCUGUUCCAAAUCUAAUCCCAGGCUUGAUCCGGUUUGGUAUUCUCGUGUCAACAGUUGAAGAGACGGCCAGAGCUACAGCAUUCCUAGCCGCCAUUGAAGAUGACAACGGCUCCACAAUCAGUAUUAUGGGAAGCGAAUAUCGAGAACUGGAAAGUGGGGUUGAAAGACACAAGCGAGAUGUUAUGGGAAAUGAUCUAAGGUUUGAUAUGACUCCAGAGCAAAAGGAGGUCAUGGAAAAUAUCUUCACUCCUGUUUCAAAGUGA